UUUGGCAUAGUCGUGUUCCUCAGGCACAAAGGGCAUUAGCCAGUGCCCUUUCAGUGAUAUCUCGUCAACAGAGUAAUGUACCUCAGCCAAGUGAAGCCCCUGUUAAACACAAGCCAUAUUCACCAUUCCAGAACACAUCAAGUGUAGGGGAGUAUGCUGUUGCAAGACUUGAUGAUCUUCUGAACUGGGGCAGAAAAGGUUCUUUGUGGCCUUUGACUUUUGGUCUGGCUUGUUGCGCUGUUGAGAUGAUGCAAUCUGCAGCAGCUCGAUACGAUAUGGACAGGUUUGGCAUUGUAUUUAGAGCUUCACCCAGACAAGCUGAUGUGAUCAUUGUGGCUGGAACACUCACAAAUAAAAUGGCUCCAGCCUUGAGAAAGGUAUAUGAUCAGAUGCCUGAACCUAGAUGGGUAAUCUCCAUGGGAUCAUGUGCAAAUGGCGGUGGAUAUUAUCACUAUUCAUAUUCAGUUGUGCGAGGAUGUGACCGCAUCGUUCCUGUUGAUAUUUAUGUCCCAGGCUGCCCUCCAACUGCAGAAGCUCUUCUAUACUCACUUCUUCAGUUGCAGCGUAAAGUUAAGAAGAUGAGAACCCUUCAAAUGUGGUAUAGGAAGUAAUUUGUCCUAUUUAUUUUACACUAAUUAUAUAGUAAAUCAGUUACUUGAUAGUACAGUAAUAUAGAUUUUGUUACUAUACUCUGUAGUUGCAUAAUUUUUGGAUAUUUCAUCUUAAAAUAGAAUUGUAAAUGAUGAUCAUCAUCUUUAUGUAAAUCGUUACAAGAAAUGUCUUCAAGGUAAAAGUUAUGCAGAAUAGUUGAAGUAUUAAGUUCAUGAAUUUGGAUUGGGUGUUUUAAGUAAAAACCAAUAUUUUUAAGGAAAUAUGAUAUGUAUUAUGUAGUAAUAAUACACUGAUGAAAUGUAAAUAUACUCAACCUAUGUAAA